AUCUAACGGAUUGAACGCUUCUUCUUGCUGUAUGACCCCGGAGACGGCGGUCCAGGUUGAAGCGGUAGUUCUCAUAUAUUUCCCCUUUCGUCGUAUGUCUAAGAAUCCAUCACCUCGAUCGAUCUAAGAAUCCAGCCGACCAAAUGGCACUCACUAAGUUCACGCUCUACCAUAACACCUACUCCGUGUGCUCCAUCAUGGUCCGCAUGACGUUGGCUUUCCGCGGAGCCCCGAAAGAUGACGCCUCGGCCAUGGACGUCGAGGAACGGAUCGUUGACAUCUUCCACGAGGAGCAGCUGUCAGAGGAAUUUUUGUGCACUGUCAACGAGCUGGGACAAGUGCCCGUCCUGGCCUCUUCGAACCUGCCCGAGAACAUCAAAGAUAGCCUCGACAUAACCCACUUCAUAGCCAAAUCCUAUCCGAGCCUGAUACCCGCGACACACUCGGAGCAAAUCACUAGGCUUCUCUUCAAGCUCCAUGACAUGAACUACUUUUCGCUGUCGUUCGCCGGACGGCCGAUUGUCGCCGCUUCGAUUGUGGCUGGCGUCGAGAAGAGGCUCCAGCAGACUGAUAACUCCGAGAGGUAUCGCAAGGCGCUGGAAUCCAAAUUGGACAUGGUCAAUCGCAACAAGGUAGGUGGCCUCCGCCCAGAAAUAACCAUGCAGAUGUCGGAGCGCGCCACAGCGCUCAUGCACGAGAUCGAUGCACUGCUCCCAGAGAAGGGCAUCGAUGGCCAAGCUGGCCCUUGGCUCUUCGGCCUUCAGCAGCCAACGGCACUUGACGCCCAUUUGAUCGUGUUUAUAGCGCGGAUGCGCGACGUGAACCGACUCGAGUUGAUUCCAGAUAAGUUGCAGAGAUAUGCAGAGGAAGCGACACGCACCGUGGAGUGGAAGCAAGUCAUGUUUACUCGAAGGACUAUGGCACCACACCACGGCAAAUAAAUUGCUCUGUCCACAUAAGCACCAUCCCUCGGGUAUUACACUACACCAAGACAUCAUUGACCUGAUAUGAAACCGUGGUAUAUGACGUGUUGAGGGAUUCUGUGUAUAGAUGAGACGAGAUUCUUCGUAUAAAUAGGCGUUGAUCUCGUUUUAGAAUGAGAGAAGGAAACAAUUUUACA